CUUACGCGGCCCCUCUCGAUGCCUUCUCAUCUGCUAGCACGUCUCACUUGCGAAGCGAAGAAGCUUUCCAUGUAAUUCCCGUGAAUCAGUAGGGUGUUUGGCCGCGAAUGAUAAGCGCUUGUGACAAAUUGAUCAGAGUGAGUCGCGACUCCCCGGGUACAAUUCAAUUUCGUUAGUUUAGCAACCGCUCGGUCUGAACGAACACACUUGGCGUACCCCGGAGUGUGCUCGGUGUGAAGAAGAUUGAUCCCGGCACAACGACACCAUGUAAUGCAUCAAACAAAAGAGCCACCAGAGCAAUCAACGAUCAAAUUCAAAUUAUACUGAAAAGUUUGGACCAAGUAAAAUAACCACACAACGCACCAUGGUCAAAGAUCGACUAGCGGAACUGAGAAGCAAAAGUAAAUAUGCCAAUCACAACCUGGACGAUGAGUUGGAAGCCAAUGCCCGGCUAUCAAAGUCGCAAGAGGAGAUUUUUGAGAACCUUGCUAAGUUUUCCGAACUGACCGCUUGGAUUCAAACGAUUCGAAGAAACACCAGAGAAAUGAGAAAGCUGAUUGCGUCGUCUACGUUUCAUUACAAUGACAAAGUAAUCCGGGAUAACGUGGAGGAGAAUUUAAAGGAAAGCAAUGGCCUCUGCCAGCGCAUCUACGGCACCAUAAAGAAGUUGGAGGUUGAGCUCGAAGACGACUCUCGGCGAACCGGCGUGCUAUUUCGAAUCAAACACACCCAAUUUAUAGUGAUCAAAGAUGACUACCUCAGCGCGUACCGGGAACACGAAGAGUUUGUCUGUUACUACGAGGAUCGAAUUAAAGACUUGAUGAAGCUCGAAGCUAAAGCGAUGAACUACAACAUCACGGACGACGAAGCGAUGGAAAAGUUGACUUCCAACCAGAUGUCGCCGUUUGUAGGAAAUAUAUUGGAGGAAACGGAGCGAGAACGGCAGAAACUGAGAGACAUAAUGACUCGUCAUGGGCAAUUGGAGGCACUGGAAAAAUCCCUCGUGGAAAUCCGGGAUAUGUUCGUACGCAUUUCCAGUAUGGUGAUGGAGCAGGGCAGCUUGGUACAAGUGAUCGAAUACCAUGCGCAACAAGCAACGCUUAAUACUGACCAUGGGGCACAUCAGCUCCAAAAAGCGAGGGAAUAUAAAAUCAAAGCACUUAAAAAGAGAACCUGUAUACUGAUAUGGGUCAGUACUAUAUUGGCAGUACUCCUUAUCUUGUUGAUUGUUUUCUAACGAUUCUUUUCAGUGAGAUUCAGUAAUUUGUAUAUUAAAUUAUAGUAGCUAGUUUAGUUAAUUAACAAUAACAUAUUUUUUAUAUACUCAAAUUAGUUGUGUUGUGGCACAUUUUAAUUUGAAAAUUGUGAAAUAAUUAACCUAUAAAGACAUUUACAUUAAAAGAAAACGAACGAAGGAUUAAAGAUAUCUUGUAAAAUAAACCACAAAUUUUCCAUUCUUUUAUGAGAUCAAAAGAUCACUGAGUUAGACCCUUUUACCCAUGCUGUGUUGAUGUAAGUUCCGUCCGUUUUUUUAUUGUUCAAAAACUAGAAUGCAUGUUUUAACUUGCAACCAAAUGCGAAAUGCAAAAAAUUAGAUUAUAUCCGCGUUAUUCAAUUCGCACGAUUUAUUAAACCAUGAGCACACCGAACAUUUUCGUGUAGUAUAUAUAUCAGUGGCGUCUCGUGAGAAAAUGAGAUGGUUGUGCACCUUCAAAAAAAUUAAUACUUUCUUAGGUAAACCAUAUAACGUGGUUUAUUACAACCAGAACGACACGACACACGA